AACAGCAGACUGAGCGGUGCGGGACAAGCGGUUUGACUGCGAUGCGGUUUUGACAGUUAUAAAAAUAUAUAGAUAUAUAAUAUAUAUAGAGAUUUUUGUUACUGUUAACUGCGGUGCGGUGCGAGACGGAUGUUACCAUUUGGAGCCAAAAUGGUGUAAAAAAUAUUUAGCUGGAGUUUCUGUAGACAGAGCUAUACAUGCAACUCUCUGCCAACUUGACCAGGUACUUAGGACGAUGCAUGUUCCAUGACAGUCUUGCAACACUAAAAACAACAUGAAAUCAUAUUUUUGCAAAAGUAAAUAUUUUGACAUAAAAUGGAUGGUCCAAUACGAAAGGGACAAGGGGUCCUUACCAACUUUAAAAAUCCCACAUUAAACACUUGUUCUGUGUUUUUUUCUUUUUUUUUAUUUAUUUUUUCUCUCUUUUGUUUAGAAUCGUUUUUAAGAGCUGUUGUUGGAAGUUGUCUAAUAAGACUUUUAAAAGAUGAGCUGUUUUAUUUUUUAAGCAAAAUCUUAGAUAAAUGGAUUUUUUUUUUUGUCGACAGGUGGACUUAUUCAAAGAUUUGAAAACAACUCAUAUUCAAAAGAAUUCAAAUGUUAUACAGAUUUUGUGCUGAGUUAACCCAAUUGACAUGCUGGACGUGCAUAUCAACAUAUGUAUCCAUUAUGAUAAACCUUUUUAGAGGUGUUACUAUAUAUACAGAAAUUAUAAAUUAAAGAAACAAAAAAAAGAGGAUCAUCAUCCUGCGUGAUAUCGUUAUGAAAAAUAUAGAAUGCAUUCAGCUGGAUUUUGCUGAAAAUAGGUGGUGGGAAAGAAAAGAAUAGACAUUUUCUUUCUUUAAGUAUAAUAUCUCGUCGUUUAAAUGUUAAUGAAUAUGUGUGCGCAACUUGUUUCUCUUUUUUUUUUUGAGCAACACUUGUUUCUCUUUUAUUCAACUAAAGGAGAGAGAUAUUUAAUGGAUUUUAGCUCUUCUCUGGCUGCUUCUUUUUAUUAAAAAAAUGAAAUAAUCCAAACGUAAAGAUUUAUAUUUGUUUUGCAUACAUACUUUUGAGUUUUGACUAAUAACAUACUCCCUCCAUUUCAUUAAGAUAGAAGUUUUAGAAAAAAAAAUUGUUUCAUAAAAAUAGAUUUUUUAUGUUUUCUGUAUAAAAAUUAUAAAUUUCAACAAAAUUAAUUAGAUUUAUUGAAAGACUAUUGGUUAAAAAACAUUAGAAUUUGAUAAUUUCAAAAAUGAUAACAUAAUUAAUGUGUUUUCUUAAUAUGUGUGAAAACACCAAAACAUCAAUCUUUAAGAAAAGGAUGGAGUAUAUAAUAGUGAUAUUACACCCCAAAAAAAAUAUAGUAUAUAUAAUAGUGAUAUAUAUUAUUUAUUGUCGUCUACCAAUAAAAAGUAUUUCAGUGUUGUAUACAUUUGUAAUAUCUAUAUAAUACUAAUAAAUAAACAAUAUAUUUGAACAACUAUCAUUUUCUUCUGUAGUUAAUUAUAUACAUCUUAUUUUCUAAUUACCAGUAUUUUGAAGAAGAAUACCAUUAUCUCAUUUAAUUCAUCCCAUUGUUACAAUACAUUCACAAGUACCUUCCAGUUGGAGCCUUACUUUAGAGGAUGAACAAAAGAAAGGUUACUAGUUACUACCAGUCAGUCUCUUAUCAAUACUAACAAAUGUCAUUUUCCCGCUGACAAAAAAGGAAAAUUUUUGGUGGCUUUACCGUGUUGAUCAAGGUAUACAUGUGAGGUUGGUCCUUUUUAAUCUCAUUAAAUAAAAGCUAAAUUGUUCAUGCUUUUGUGACAAAAAAAAGGUUCAUGCUUUUAUUGGCAGACGAACACACAAAGUAGACAGGGAAACAGAACCCUCGAGACCAUUCUCUAACACUAUAAAUACGCAUUAUGAUAACGAGUAACUAACAUAAAACAUAUAUAGAUAUUUCUCAAAAAAAAAAAACAUAAAACAUAGAUACAAGUGACUGUUAUACACAACAAAAAAAGGAAAAGAAAACAUCAAAAGAUCAAUUCUUCCCAUGGCUCCCCUUAAACGCACUUGCUCGGAUAUAUCACACCAAAUAUCCAUAGACAACACUCUAACCAAAGAACCAACGCCAACUGCAACCACUACAACUUUGUUGUCCUUAUCGGCGAUAUCCGAAGUGGAAGAUGCAAAGUGUGAGUGUUGCGGCAUGUCUGAAGAGUGCACGCCGGAGUAUAUAAACGGUGUGCGUUCAAAAUUCUCAGGGAAGCUGAUUUGCGGGUUGUGCGCAGAAGCGGUGGAGCAAGAGAUGGAGAAGAUGAACAACAGUGAAUUAGUGGUGGAGAAACGGCGAGAGGAGGCAGUACAUGCACACAUGAGCGCAUGUGCCCGGUUUAAUAGGCUAGGCCGGAGUUACCCGGCGUUGUACCAAGCAGAAGCGGUUAAGGAAAUUCUGAAGAAGAGAUCUAACAAGAUGGUCAGAGCUACCAAGUCUGAAAAAGGUGGUCUCACUAGGAGCUCUAGCUGCAUGCCUGCUUUGGCUAAGGAGCUAAAAGAUCGUACAUUUGUUAAUAACUAGUAUAUAAAUGUGUACUAAUUACGUUUUCUUUUAUGUUUGUUUCUUUGCAAAACCGUUUACUCAUAUAUUAAUAUGUUCAUAUAACGAUAUAAAGUUACAUGUAGAGAGGGGAAAAGGUAUUAAGUUAGUUAUAUUUAGUGAAAAAGCUGGUGGAAGUUUUGUGUAGUGUAUUUUCUCCUGUGUAAUGUAUAAUCAAAAGAUCAUUUCUCACUCUUAUAUA